CAUUUGUUUCUCUGAUGGCAUUGGCGUUUCUCCGGUGGAUCCUCAGGAUCCUGAUGGUCCUGAUCGUCUUUCAGGGUGUGUUUGUGAUGUUUUAUUACACACUCAACACACACUCAUCCAGUGAUGGGACGGACACGCUUCAGCUGCUGCGCUGCGCUAAACUCAGACACAAGUUUUCUAUUGUUAAACCGGCCAAAAGUUUAAAGCUGGAGAGCUUCACGCAGGAGCUGUCAGAUUUCAUGAGCUGCCCGUACAAAUCAAACACAACCGAGCGCGAGCUGAACAGAAUGAGGCUGCAGUUAUGCUGUAACGCCACAGGAUCGUUAUUCCUCACCAAACGCAACACAGCUGUCAAUCAGACCAUCCCAUAUGAGACCAGCAAAAUAAAAACAUACAAAAUGAAUGCAGUCAUUCACAGCAUGCUGCCUGAGGAUUUCCCCUGGAGUGGUCGUCGUCUGGGUCGGUGUGCUGUGGUUGGCAGUGGUGGGAUUCUGAAGAACAGCAGCUGUGGACGUGAGAUCGACAGCGCAGACUUCGUCAUACGGUUUAAUUUGGCGACAAUUAAUGACAGUGAUGUUGGGCUGAAGACGGAUCUUAUAACCAUCAACCCCAGUCAGAUUCGAUACAAAAAUCUGGAGCAGGAUCCGGAUCCGUUGGUGGAGCGGGUCAGUGUGUACGGAAACGCUUCCCUCGCUAUGCCCGCCUUUGCCUACACCUUCUGCACUGGAAAGUCAAUGAAAACUCUCAAAGUCCUCCAUCCAAUCAGACCUCAGCAGCCGGUGGUGUUCUUCAGCCCCCUUUACCUACGAACACUGGACCGUUUCUGGAAGGGGCGUGGCCUGAAGUCGAUCCGCCUCUCAUCUGGGUUUAUGUUAAUUAACACGGCGCUGGAACUGUGUGAGCAUGUGCAUGUUUACGGAUUCUGGCCGUUUGGAACGGACCUGCAGGACAAUCCCGUUCCGUAUCAUUACUACGACGCGUUGAGUCCGCACCGUUACAUGCACAAAAUGCCGGAGGAGUUUGUGCGGCUUCUGCAGCUCCACAGCCAGGGGGCGCUGACACUGCACCUGCAGCCCUGCGUGGACUUGUAAUCUUAUUUUAAAUGUCUGUGACUGUGAUUUAUUUAUAUGAGAGGACAAAUCAGUGGCGAGAGGUGACUUUUUUAACCGGGUAUGCUGAAUGCUAACACAUCGGCUUUUAGGACACUCUCAAAAGCCAAGUAAAAACCGCCAAAUAACGUUGAUACGCAUGUACGUUAUGAUACGUAGCCUAAUAUUCAGAGGGUGGAGAGAAGGUGGAUUCCCCCGCUCUAUAUGUCUCUGCAUCGACUGAAUGAUUUUUAUUUUAUUUUAUUGUUUUAUUCCCAGUGAAUGGGAAUUAAAACUCCCACCCGGGUGACACUACUUCGAUAAUAGACCAAGCAAAAUACCAAUCUUUAAAAUAUUGCCAAGCAAAAUACCAAUCUUUAAAAUAUUGCCAAGUAACGUUGCAAACAACAAUAAAAUCAGAGAAGGACUUUAACCGAAAACGACAAGCAUACGGAAAUCAAAGAUGAUAUUGUUUCCUCUUUUUUUCCUGAUGUUUGUUAUUAUUUAAAAUUGUAUAUACAUUUUAGGCUACGUCCA